ACUCAGAGCCUUCAUUAGAAGGAGCGAUUCAACCUCUGGAAACAGAUACGAAUAGUCCAUCUGGAAAGGAAGGAAAGCCUAUAGAAAAUGGAGUCCUUGUGAAUGAAGCCUCUGGAAAGCUGAUGCACAGGCAACUCAGUAACUCGUCAACAUACAGCAGAGACACUGGGAAGUCCCAGCACCAGAGCAGCACAGCAGAGCUGCAGAAGCCACUUGCUGAAAAGAAUUCCUGGAAACUGACGGAGGCUGACACGGCGAAGACUGGGAGGGUAAAGGCAUCAGUGUACUGGGACUACAUGAAAGCAAUUGGACUCUUUAUCUCUUUCUUGAGCAUCUUCCUCUUCAUGUGUAAUCAUAUAGCCUCCCUGGCUUCCAACUACUGGCUAAGUUUAUGGACAGAUGAUCCUGUUAUCAAUGGGACACAGCAGUACACAAGUAUCAGACUGGGAGUGUAUGGAGCACUGGGAAUUUCUCAAGGUAUUGCUGUGUUUGGCUACUCGAUGGUUGUGUCAAUAGGGGGAAUAUUUGCGUCACGACACCUGCACUUUAACCUGCUGCACAACGUCCUGAGGUCUCCAAUGAGUUUCUUUGAACGUACACCCAGUGGAAAUCUGGUGAAUCGUUUCUCUAAGGAGAUAGAUACCAUUGACUCCACCAUUCCACCAAUCAUCAAGAUGUUCAUGGGCUCGACAUUUAACGUGAUUGGAGCUUGUAUCAUCAUUCUGCUGGCCACGCCCAUAGCUGCUGUCAUUAUUCCACCUCUGGGACUUGUCUACUUGUUUGUGCAGAGAUUUUAUGUGGCCACUUCACGCCAGCUCAAACGCCUGGAGUCCGUCAGUCGUUCUCCUGUCUAUUCCCACUUCAAUGAGACACUCCUGGGAGUCAGUGUCAUUCGAGCCUUUGAGGAGCAGAAACGCUUCAUAAAGCAGAACGACAUGAAAGUGGAUGAAAAUCAGAAAGCUUAUUAUCCCAGCAUUGUUGCAAACAGGUGGCUGGCUGUGCGACUGGAGUACGUGGGCAACUGUAUUGUCCUCUUUGCAGCGUUGUUUGCGGUGAUCGCACGCAACAAACUUAGUGCAGGACUGGUUGGCCUCUCAGUGUCCUACUCACUGCAGAUUACAGCAUACUUAAACUGGCUAGUUCGCAUGUCAUCGGAGCUGGAGACCAACAUCGUUGCAGUUGAAAGAGUCAAGGAAUACGCCGAAAUGGAGAAGGAGGCUGAAUGGAGUAUUGAACAAACUGCCCCAGCGAGUACCUGGCCUGAGGAGGGGAAGGUUGAGUUUCGAGGCUAUGGUUUACGUUACCGUGAAGAUUUGGAUUUGGUUCUGAAAAACAUAAAUAUUACCAUAAAUGGGGGUGAGAAGAUUGGGAUAGUUGGAAGAACAGGAGCUGGAAAAUCCUCACUUACUUUAGGUUUGUUUCGGAUUAAUGAAGCAGCUGAAGGAGAAAUCAUUAUUGAUGGAAUUAAUAUUGCGAAGAUAGGACUCCAUGACUUGCGAUUUAAGAUCACCAUCAUCCCCCAGGAUCCGAUAUUGUUUUCUGGCUCUCUGCGGAUGAAUCUUGAUCCUUUUGAUCAACACUCUGAUGAGGACAUUUGGAGAUCUUUGGAAUUGGCUCACUUGAAAAACUUUGUAUCGUCCCUUCCUGAUAAACUUAAUCAUGAGUGUGCUGAAGGUGGAGAGAACCUCAGUGUGGGACAGCGCCAGCUGGUGUGCCUGGCACGAGCUCUGCUCAGGAAGUCCAAAAUCCUCGUUCUGGAUGAAGCCACAGCUGCUGUAGAUCUUGAAACAGAUAAGCUUAUUCAGUCAACAAUAAAGUCUCAGUUUGAAGAAUGUACUGUAUUAACCAUAGCACAUCGUCUGAACACAAUCAUGGACUACACAAGAGUUUUGGUCCUGGACAGAGGAGAAGUGGUGGAGUGUGGUAGCCCAGACCAACUACUUCAGGAAAAAGGCAUUUUCUAUAGUAUGGCCAAAGAUUCAGGCUUGGUGUAGCAUUUGAACUUG